UAAUCAUCACCUUAAUAAAGACAGUGCCUUAUUGUGAGUGCAGUGCUACGAUUGAUUAUUAGUGCAUUUUCGGUAAUCGCAUAGUGGAUCAACUGCAUCAUUUUAUUUGACCAUCGCAAUUCCCUCCGAAUGGGUAUAACCGAAAACUGAUUUCCAAAUGCUUCGCAACGUCUUAAUGGUAGCAGUUGCUACAUUCAACUACAAUUUUUUAAAAGAAAUGACUCCUGAGGAUAGUGUAUUUCUUCGUCAUCAGCAAUUGAUUGUGCAAGUAGUGAAAACGGGAAACCAAUCCUUCAUUUUGCAAAGAAGACCGGAUUUGGUGGUGCCACUCAACAUCACUUGGCCGAAAACUAAUGGUUUGGAUAAUAUGAAUUUCCAGCAAUUAGAAAUUGAAGUGACAGAGUGCACCGACAGGGAUGUUAUUGAAGAUAGCAGGAGAAUGGACGUUGUAAACCAGGGCAUAUUGGUAGUUGACGAACAUGACAACGAUGAUGGUACGAACAUGUCAAGCUCUAGUGAUGAAUCUAUGGUAAUUGACGAGGAGGAGAAAGUUGACGUUGAGAAUGGGGAUUCAAUGGAAGUCAAUGGUGAGCCAGACUCGACUGUUGAUGAGAUUGAAAAAGACGCAACUAAAGAAGGUAAAGAAGACAUCAUUGAAGGAAGCGAGAACGAUAUGGUUGUAGAAAAGGAGAGCGAGAACAAUGAAACUGUAAAAGUAGAGCCAGAGACAGAAAAUACUAAUGUAGAGGAAGGAGCAAGCGUGAACGAUACCACAGGCGGCACUAAUGAAGAGGAUUUAGUGAACAUUAAUAUGAAAGAGCAUUUGUCACAUUUCAUUUAAAUUUUUCAAAAUUGAAAUUUUUUUUUUUAGUCUUUUACG